UAAUUUACGCUUGAGCCGCAAGGACUUGUGGACGUCGCGCGUGAACUUUGCACCAAAACCGCAGCUAAAGCAAUAGCAAGAGUCAUAGCAAUAGCUACAGGAAAAGCAGCAGCAAUAGCAAUAUAACUGCUGCAGCAACAGUGAAGUUUUGUGUGAGUUGCAGUUGAAACGGCUUACAAACAGUCGCUUAUUUAGACAGGUCCAGUUGUUUCGUAGCGUUGAUUUUCGCGUAUUGUAUAACGGUGUUUACUUUCCAGUGUAUGUGUAUGGCUGUGUUUGUUGUUAGUUGACCGCAGCAGCUGUUGCAAGUCAAUAACCAUAAAAGCUGCACAUAUUCUUUCAUACAUACAUAUAUGCUAUAGUGUGUCUAUAUAUGCUAUAAGUGUAUAUGUAUGUAUAUAUGUGUUUCCCUAAGUAGGGAAUUCAACUGCAAGCGUUAGCUACAAACGACCGCCAAUUACGGUAUGCGUGCAUGGAACCACGCAUACACAAGCAAUAACAAAAAAAUUUAUUGACUUAUCUUCAAAGCUGUAAAAAGAUAGUUUAACGGUUUUAUUGCUAUUUCUGCAUUUACGAGCAAACAUAUCAUUCGCACUCUGUACACGCAUGAGCGGUUCAAUAAAGUAAACGGAAUUUUGUGCGCAUCCCAAAAGAAGACAGUCAAAUCAUCAUUUAAAAAGUGUAAUAUUUCUCGAGAAAUCCUCCCAGAGCUAAUACCGUUAAAGCGCGGUUCUAAGAAACUAAGUUAACAAUAAAUCACAGUGACUUUUCGGCGUUCGCUCGUGUUGUAAGUUUACAAUUACAUUAACGCGAUUCAAUUAGCGGCGAGCAAAGACAACAGCACAGCGGACAAAACGCUCUCAAAUUAAACAAAAAAUAGUAAUAAUAAAAAGUGUUCGAAGAACAUCGUCUAGCGCAAAGCAGAAAUAACAGAAAUAAAAGCAAAUGUAGUGGACAAAACUGAAGAACCUGAAAAAAUAACGGUUAACUGAACAAGCGCAAAAAGCAGACAUUUCGCUUUAACCCCAGCAGUAGCCGCCUAAUUGGAAACAACGCCGCAUUCGUCAAGCGCACAGCAGUUGUCAGCCGACGCUAGGCAGACCGCAGCAGUUGUAACCGGAAACACAGUGGUGCAAGUUAAAAACUCAAGCGCGCGGCAGCAACUUAAGUGGCAACAACAAAGGCAGCAAGUCCAGAAAUUCAGUCGCCUUUGAGUUAGCAUCGCAUCGCGUACAAAAGGAAUUCUCAUCGGCGCACAAGUGGAAGAUGAUAAGCGUCUGGUAUAACAGUGACCAUCGCGAUUGGGUUCGUAUUGCUGGCCGAUAGUACCCGCUUUACCCUGCUAAAGGGUUGAGACCGUUAUCACUGCGCAAGCCAUCAUUUACCAGCAGCAGCAGCGGUAGCAUCAACGCUUGUCCACCCCCACCACCCACACCGCACAGCGCCGGCAGCCAUUGCACCAACACCACCACCAGCAACAACAACCACAACAGUACAACAACAACCAAUAGCCACAGCACAGUCGGCACAGCCACAUGCAAUAAUCACACUAACCAACACAAAGCGAAAGGUAGCAACACAACAACAACAGCAACAGCAACAACAACACAUACGAUAGAAGCAUUAGGCACACCAACAGCGACCAGAAAGGGCAGUUCACCGGGCAAUUCAUUGCAGGUGAAAUAUUUUGAAUUUCCACCGAAUCUCGCGCUACUAGCAACCGGUUCUACACCAUCGCUGGCGACAACAACAGCCGUAGCUUUAGCCGCAUCCACCACAAGCACCCCUGCCCUCACAUCCGCCACUAACUCACCCAAACAUUUCUACCAACCACAACAUCACUCACACUAUUACCAACCGCAUUUACACCAGCACCAACACCAUCACCAUUCCAACAAAGCCAACACACAUCAACAGUCGCAACAUCAAAUAGCACAACAGUCGCGCCAACAUUACCCACACUUCUCAACGCAAUCGCGUGCCGAUUUUAGCAGCGAAGCCGAAGAGCAACUAAGCCCGCAGUCAGUGCUAAACGAAGGGGGUGUAGAAGUCGCUUUAGCUACGCCACCAGCAAACAAAAUGGGUCGACGCGAAAUUAAGAGGUCGAACACCAGCGGUUCCACCAUAAAGUCCUACGAUGGUGGUAGCGCAACCACAAAUUUUGUGGGGAAAUUUACGCAGAGUGUCCGUCGCAUUGUGCAAGAUGUCAAGGACGAAGGAGCGCCAAGUGGCAUGACACGCGACGAGGUUAUCGAUACCAAUGAACGUUUAAGAGCUCUACGCUUGCGGCUGGAGGAGUCAUACGAGACAGCUAAGAAAGCGCUUAUACAGCUCAUGAAUAAAUAUGGCGAUUCGAAGAGUCAACGCAAUGUGUUCCAGCGUUAUCCAAUGCUGAAGAUGAUGAUCAAAGACGUUAUACGCUUGGAGACGCAAUAUUGGACGCUGAUUGACAUACCCAGGCAGGAGAAACAAGAGACCGUGCCCUCAUAUGUGAUGCGUGCUUGUGCGAUUAUGGAGAAAACACAGAAAUCAGGUGAAGGUGUGAAAACUUCUGCCAAAUUGGCCGAGGAAGCAGCGGAGAAACGUGAACGCAUGGAGCGUUUGGAAGGUGAGUGCGCGGUUUUGCAUGUAAUUAUUUUUGUAAUAAGAAGCUCGUUGUUUACAGUUAUGACCACAGCACAAAUCGAACACGAGAAUACACAACUCAUAAAUGAUUUAUAUCGGCUGCUGAAAAAAUACUUGGGACUGCGGCAUUUAAUCAGAGUGCUCAAGGAAGAUUAUGGCAGCUCCAAAAUGUAUCCGAUUUUCCCGCGUUACACAAUGCUCAAAGACAUGAUCAAAGGCAUUAUGCACGAUCCGGAUUAUAUGGAAGUUUGUCAUGAAAUCAACAACUAAACGGUGUAUUACAAAAUUAUAGAUGAAAAAACAGAAAGUGAAUGUGUGACAUGCAUACAUACACUAAAAAGCAAAAAAUAUGAAGUCAAAUACAAGAAGAACACAAUAUUUAGGUACAAUUUUUAUGCGAAACUAACGCCAAAGUAAAUAGCCAAGUAAUAUAUGGAACUAGUAAAGCAAAUACAAAUAGAUAUAUGUGUGUAAAAUUAAAUUGCAUAAUCUCCAGCGUUUAUAACGGUUUGUAAAGCUUAGUCUUUAAGUUAAAUUAAUAAUGAAACAAGUAUUAAAUUACAUUAAAUGGCUUUAUAAAGCAGUUCACUAGCCAACAUAAGUACUUAAAAUGUAACAAUUUAUAUACAAACAAACAAACAAACAGAAAAAACUUACCAAACAAGAAUUUAAACUAUUUUCACUUGUACCUACAUACAGACAUCGCACAUACUUGGAGACAUUCUGUUUGUAUGUGUGUGAACACAAUUAUUGCCUUUCAAGCAAAAAUAUCACCCGUAGCUUGCCACAGCGUUAUUUACCAAGUAAAAUGCCAAGAAUUCGAGCAUUCGAUAAAUUGUUGUGCAAAGGACAGGCAUUUUUGCAAACGCAUUACAAACACAAACAGAUAUACAUACACAUGCAUACACACAUAUUAAAGUUAGUAAAAAUGUAUAUGCGUAUAAGUUGAGCACUAAAGGUAACUACUUCCAAGUACCAACAAAUUAUACCACCGAACUAAGAACUACAGUAAACAGGACACCACCAAUUACAUAUACACAUACACACACACACACACAUGUACACAUAUAUAAUCCUGCUGCUGUGCGUUGAGCUGCUUUGCUGCGGCAUGUAGCAGCUAUAAAAUACAAACAGUAAAUAUUAACAAACCCUUUUACAACUAUAAAUGUGCGCUUAAAUUGCUUUCUUAAGAGUUUACAACAAGCUACAUCUCCUACAACAGCAACAAAUGAAUUGCUAAGUAUCACCAACGGCUUGUAUGAAUCACACAUACACAAUCACACACACACAUAUAUAUAAAUAUAUACAUAUGCAGUACAUUAAAUAUUUUAUAGCUAGAAACUUACAUGUGUGCGAAUAAGUAGCAACAAUUAAAUUUGUACCGUUAUUUUACAAAUUUACGAUAACUCAAAACAACAAACACAACAAAUGAAAAACACGCGUUUUAUAGCCAAAUUUGUUGUAACAACACUCGAACUCAGCAACUUAAGAAUGUACAUAUCUUACAGUGCGACAAAAAAUUAAACAGAAAACGCAUUAAAACGUAAAUUCUAGCAGAUUAAAGCACAACAAAACUUCAGCAACACAAAUUUUGAACCGAAUUGAUAAAUUAGCGAAACAACAAAAACAGAAAAAAAUAAUGGAACAACAUAAACAAAUAACAAAAACAAACCAAACAGACAAUUUCUUAACUUUGAGCCUGAAAACAAAACUGUUUCGAGUAAUCGUACAUCUAAAUACUUCACAAACAAAAAUGUUUAACAUAAAUCUAUGCAAAGUACACAAAUGUCACAUGAAUAUGAAACAUAUACAAACAAAUAUACAUGAUUAACUAUAGUUAGACAAUAUCCGGGAAUUAUUCCCGAAAAAUAUUUUUAAAAAAAUUAGACAAAAAAAUAUUUUCUUAAGAAGAGUAAAAAUAUAAUUUGUAAUUUAGUAAAUUUCUAAUUAAUUUUUUAACUUCAAGGCUAUAUAUCAUAUACUAACUGUCUAUGUUGUAUCAGGCGUUAGAGUGUGGCGAGUCAAACAAACUAUAGCAACUGUUCAAACUGACAGGCAGACCUACCUUGAGCUAACAUGUCCUCUUUGUUUUAUAGUAGCGGGAAGCUUCCAACUCAAGACUCUCCUACGGAACCACCGGAUUAAGUAAUACUUCGUACGAGUGAAAGGACAUUUAAAUUUCCUCAAUUAUGCGGACUGACGGACGUCAAAUUUAUUGAAAAUGUCUAUUUUGUCGUCAAAUUUUUCACCGUAAAACUACCACCGAGUGUAGUUUUUCUCUUGUAUUUAGUGAAUCUUAUUUGCACUCUGUACAUGACGGACAGUUCGAACUAAUGUAGUGAUGGAAAUCUGUAGAGGUAGCUUCUAAAGCACGCAUGUUCAAUUAAUAUUUGGGCCUGAUGGAAAUCCAGGUUCAUAUGUCUUAUGGUAAGAAAAAUAAAAAUGUUUAAGGUAAAUUUCGAGUUAAAACUUUUUUUGGUUUAAACAUUUAUAUAAAAAUUACCGAAUUUGACGGUCUCACUAAAUUAUAUGUUAAGCACACUGAGCAGCAUGGCCUGUUGACUUAGCAUAAAUUAGAAGAAUCAAGAGUUUCGAAGCUUAUUAGAAAGUUUUAAGAACAUAUAUCAUAAUGAGUUGCAUCAGGCAACAUAAUAAGUUACAGAGGAAUGCUUAAUAGAUUGCACGAAGACAUUACAUGACUGACUGAAAUUAUUCUUACUGUUCUUUAUGAUUUCCUAAUGAGUCUAUAAUGGCCAUUUAUUUUUUUUGACGAUUUCACAUGACCUAUUGAAACUUUUAUACUCUUUGAAAACUCAUAUAAAGUAUAUAAUUUACGCAUGGAGUAAAAUUUCCAAAAAUUUCGACAAGUCUUUCUACUAUAUGUACCUCAUUAAUAACGUACUUUCGAUCGAGAGCAUUUACUAGCCAUGGAGCCAAGAGCAAGCAAGCGAUGUAAAUUUUUAUUAUAUAGUGAAAUUUUUUAUUAAUUAUUCAGUAAAUAUUGUUCGCUUUGGUACUUUUAUUAUCGCAAACGAAUUUUUUAAAUAUAAUGAUGAUGAGAUUAUCUGAAGUCAGCUAUUGUGCAUCAUAGCUUAACUUUUUAAAUUAUUUAAUUUUUUUUUUACUAAAUAUGUUUUUGUGAGAUGCAACAAAACUCAUUCAGCUUCUCACAUAACAUAUACAAAUAAGAUUACAGAAAUCAUGAAAAAGAAAAAAAUAUUCGAAAACACACACUACUAUUAAUUAGUUAAAAUGUAAUAAAAAACUGUUAAUCUAAACUAAAUUACGGUAUCUACACACAUACAGAUAUAUAAUGGUACAUUUGUAUGGUAAAUUUGUACAAAAAUAUUUAUUUAUACGACAAAUACAUGAAUAUUGAUAAGAGAGCAGAAAUAUAUGCUUACUCGAAGCCUAAAGCAGUUAUAAAAAGUAACUAUAAUCAAAAUGUAAAACCAAAAACAAAAUAGAAGGAGAAAAAUUACUAAUUUGUAAUCAAAAUAUAAAAUAAAUAUUGGAAAAUAUGAAAAAAUAUUCAAAUUAUACGCUUACUUGAAAGAAACGCAGAGUUUUGAUAUGUCGUGAUUUUGCAUAGAAACAAAAUAACAAAGUAUUAGUUAAAACACAAAUUAUAUAUUUGAAAGAAAAUAUUAACACUUUAAUAAAUUAAAUCGUAAGCAUAUAUUGCAUGCAAUAAAUUCUUGAACAAGAAAUUAAAUAAGAGAAAAUAUAUCAAAAACUACUACAUAUAUAAAGCAAUUGAUAAAGUAAUCAAAAUUGUAAGUUUAAUUAGCAAAAUUAGCAUAUGCAUAAAUUAUAAAUUAAUCAAACACACAUAGCGAUACUAUUACAUGAUUAUCUGUGAGCUUUAAUUUGUAAAGUGCUUAAGAACUUUUCAUAUUUUUAAAAACACUGAAUUGUAUCUGUAAACAAAUACUAAAUUUAGAAUAUUAACUAUAAAGUGUGGUACAAAUUCAUUUUGGUGAAUUAUGAUUUUUUUAGCUUCAAUUUCAGUUCAAUGGUAUUUGAGAAAUUGCAAGACAAAUAAACUUAAAUAGAGUAAAUAAAACAGUCUUAAUAGAGGUAGGAACGCAUUUUCCCCUUUUUCUAAGAGAUUUGUGGUUACAUCUCGUUCAAAUUCUACAAAAUUUUUUUUUAAUUUGUUGUAAUUUUUUUAAAAUUUUUGUCAGAGGCUAAUAUUAGUUUAUUCCAACAUAAUCGUUACUUUCAAAACUGAGCGAAUCAAUAUCGACAGCGUAAAGCUAUUUGCUUAAAAAUACUUUUUACUCUCUGAAUGUAACGACAGCUAGUAAUAGUAAUUGUAUUAUUUCGACUAAUAGUAUAUUUUUCGGAAAAGUGAGAUCCUAUUUUGAUUGUCCAUUAAGAUAAAAAUAUAUGAAAUGUAAUGCAAAGAAAUUCUUAGUUUAAAUAGCGUGGUUUCAUAUAUCUCCUCCAUCAGAAAAUAAUAUACAUUUACAAAAAAAAUUCAAAAACUGAAGUAUGUCAAAAUUCUCGAUUUAUUAUUUUAAAUCCCAAAACAGCAUAUUUUUAUUUUAUGCUUAGCAAUAACUUAAAACUCCAACACUUUAAACUUGCUUUAAAAAAAUGGAUAUGGAUUAAUAGCUUUGAAUUUAGAGCUUUUUAAGAUAAACUUAAAAAAAAAGUUACACUAAAACCAAAACCUAAAUGUGAUUAUGAUUUAAUAUUCAAUAUAGUAACACAUGUCUUCGUUAUUUAACAAUUUUUAUAAGAACUCGUACAAAUAAUAAACAUAUAUACAUAUAUAAUAACAUAAAUAUAUCUAUAUACAUAUACACACGGUAAAAGUAUACAUCUAGAACUAUGACAACUCAAAAUAGGGACUUUUGGAAAAACCACUUACAUACCCAUCUAUAUAUGUAGCUAUGUUUCUCUAGUGACUUUAUCUUACACUUUCUAAAAGAACAUAAAGAACAUGGAAACACUAUAAUAAUAAUAUCACACAUACUCUAUCAAAAACUAAACCCACCAAACGGAAACGGAACUUAAAGGCUCUACACACAACAGUUCUUUCUACAGGACAAACAACUUAGCGAACAAAAACUGGAAUCUAUAAAUAUUUGUUUCUUUGAGAAAACAUAUUAUCUAAGCGAAGUAAAGUUUACAAAGUAAAA